AUGGCGGAUGUGUACGGCUUUGGGGUGUUACUUCUAGAGCUCCUAACUGGGAAGCUGCCCACCCAUCCUUCCCAAAUGGAGGAAGGAGUAGAUCUUCCCGCGUGUGUCUUGUCCAUUGCUCUUGAGGACUGGAAUGUUGAAAUUUUUGAUGUGGAGCUCGGGAGAUAUAACAACAUUGAGGGGAUGGUUGAGCUCUUGAAGGUGGCGAUCGCUUGUGCAUCCCCUAAUUUGGGUAAGCGGCCUCGGAUAUCCGAGGUAUGGAGGAAGAUCGAGCAGCAGAGUAGCCCGGCGAGGAACAAGCUGGUGUUGUUAGGGAACCCCACGAAGAAGUUCGAUUUGGAGGAUGUUUCGAGGGCCAGUAAGCGGGAAUUGGGGAAAGGCACAUUGGGGACGACUUACAAGGCUGACCCGGAGGAUGGCACAAUCAUGGUGAUCUUGAAGAUGCUCGAGAAUGUGGUCUUGUCAGCUGAGGAUUUCCGAGACAAGGUUGAGGCUAUUAGUGAGAUGUGA